UCUCGGAAAACCAUAACCAUGAGCUGGCGAAGUAUCAUGCUGGUGACUGUCACCAGCAUGGUACUAUUGCUUGCCAACUCUGUGGAUAGUUACGCCACAAUGGAACAGCUGAGCAAAUCAGGCGACAUGAUGCGAUCAGUUUGCAUGAACAAAGCGAAACCCUCUUUGGAGCACGUAGAAGGUCUUCCCUCGGGGAAAUUCCCGGAAAGCAAGGAGAUCAUGUGCUACGCAAACUGUGUGCUUGAGCUGAUGCAAGCUAUGCGCAGAGGUAAAAUAGUCGCCGACAGUGCUAUGAAGCAAGCUGAUUUGCUGAUCCCUCCAGAAUACGCGGAACCUACCAAGAGGGCAUUCGAUACAUGCCGACAUGCAGGCGAUGGGGUCAAGAACAACUGUGAAGUUGCUUAUGCAUUGCUCAAGUGCUUGCACAAGCAUAAUCCGAAAUUUUUCUUCCCCUAAAAGGUCCUUUUAGUGUUAAGUAUUGCAGAGCGUGUGGGAUUAGUUUAAGUA